CGCUGGGCGCCCGUGAAUAAGAAGGCAGGAGGAGGAGGGGGGAUUGGGUGGCGGUGCUGUGACGUUCAAGGGGGACUCCCAGCCUUCUCUCCCUUCUUCCGCCCCCCUUCUUCCCCCCUCCCUACGUGCGGGGUCUCUGUGGCAGCUUGGCUCUGCGUUUCCCCGGCUGAAAAGGUCCCGGCGGGUGUGAGCGGGAGGGCGCGGGAAAUGGCCGAGACCGUCGCGGACACCCGGCGCCUGAUUACCAAGCCUCAGAACCUCAAUGACGCCUACGGGCCCCCCAGCAACUUCCUCGAGAUCGACGUGUCCAACCCGCAGACGGUUGGCGUGGGCAGGGGCCGGUUCACGACCUACGAGGUUAGGGUUAAGACAAACCUCCCUAUCUUCAAACUGAAGGAGUCUUGUGUCCGGAGAAGAUACAGUGACUUUGAAUGGCUUAGAAGUGAACUAGAAAGAGAGAGCAAGGUAGUAGUACCACCCUUACCUGGAAAAGCUUUUCUUCGCCAGUUGCCUUUUAGAGGAGAUGAUGGGAUAUUUGAUGAUGCCUUCAUUGAAGAGAGGAAGCAAGGGCUUGAACAAUUCAUAAACAAAGUUGCAGGCCACCCUCUGGCACAGAAUGAACGCUGUCUGCAUAUGUUCUUGCAAGAUGAAGUAAUAGACAAAAGCUACACGCCUUCCAAAAUAAGACACGCUUGAAUGCUACACAACACUUUAACUGGUAUAAAUGUUAGUGAUUAACUUACUUGGUCUAAGAUUUGUAGUUGAGGUUUUAGCAUGCUGCAGAAAAACUGGCAGAAGAAGCCUUCAGUAUACUAAUGGCACUGCUUGGUCCUUGCAUUCAUUUUAUGGCAUUAAAGAACUCUGCUGUCCGACUUUUGAUUAAAUGGCUUUUUAAGACUAAA